AUGGAGAGGGUACAGUUUCAGCAGGAGCAGAUGCUCGCUGAGCUCAAGGACCUCGUUGAAAAAGGCCUUUUCACUCAAAAAGAAGUGAAACACAUCGUGCAGAAGCGUACCGCAUUCGAAACCGCUCUCGUCCGUCGUGCCCCAAAGAAAGGUGAUUUCCUGCGCUACGCUGCAUACGAGAUGGGACUAGAAGCACUUCGCCGGAAGCGUGUUGAACGGCUCAAGCAUGACAAGCGGCCGCCUUCAAUCUCGGACUACGCUCUUGUUCGCAGACAAUUUCACAUCUUCGAACGCGCACUCAAGAAGUUCAAAAGUGAUGUUGGAUUAUGGAUACAAUACAUCCAGGUGGCGAAGAAGGAAGGCGCGCGCACGCUUGUUGGACGGAUCACCGCGCGUGCUCUACAACUGCAUCCGAAUGUGCCUGCGUUGUACAUCUUAGCCGCAUCGCAUGAGCUAGAGCAUCUAUCCCCAUCAGCCGCGCGCGCAUUGCUGCAGCGUGGCAUUCGGCUGAAUACCGAUAGCGUCGAGAUGUGGAAGGAGUACGUGAAAAUGGAGCUAGGAUUCGUGGAGAGCCUGAGGAGACGCUGGGAAGUCCUGGGCAUUGGCGAAGAAGCCAAACAGAAAGAGAAGACCGCUGAUACAGAAAUGAGCGACCAUAGAAAUGAAACCGUGGAUAAUGAAGGUGUAGAGAAGACGCAAUUUGAUGCCGACGAAUAUGACGAAAGCGAGGCGGCCAGGAAAGAUAUUAUGGAGGGCUUCAUCGUGAAGUCCGUGAUUUCCAGUGCUGUAAAAGCCCAGCCCAAGAUCGAACUCUUCACUUCAAUACGCGACUUACUAGCAACAUACCCUUGCCCACCCUCGUUGCGCGAAAAUUUAGUCAGCCAUCUUUUUUCUCUUCUACAGGUCACCCUCCCAUCGGAUCCUGCGGCUAUCAAGCUGGCGGCGACCAAAUCGUUGACCCUAGACCUUGAGGGUAGAGAUCUCGUGGAGGCCCUCACGCACGCCAACGAGCAGCUCGCUAAUGCGCUUCGUGACAAUAGUGAGGCAGAUGAGCGUCUUUCAGGCGUGUAUGCGCGAUUUGUCGAGGAAUGGUGCCAGAGAGAUAUCGAUAAUGACUUGAAAGGGUACCUUAUUACGUCCCUACAGCUGCUUACUCAGAGGAAAUCUGCCUCGCCUUCGCCAUCGCUCUUGGCCGCAAACAUCAUGCUUCUCGUUUCUUAUCAAGGCGCACUCCACACACACCUGCCACCUGCGUCCGACACACCCGAGAAAGUGCUCCGACUAGCUCGAAAGUAUACGAGCAAAGACAAAGCGCGCACGUCUGCGAAAGUAUGGCUUGCACGGCUUGAAGCGGAGAAGCGGUUCGCAACAUCAGAAGCCGUGCAGAACGCAUGGAGCGAAGCUCGCGAUGCGGUCGAGGGCGAUGACAUUGAACGCGUUUGGCUAUGGGGGCUUGAUCAUACGCACGCCAGCGAGAUUGACCAAAGCGAGUGCAAUGACGAGCCCACGGCGAUGCGGGUGCAACUUCUAGAGCGUAUCAGGGACGCAACAGCAUGGGGCACGGUGCAUGAGGCGUUACUGAUGCGGUACGCGGCGAGUACACACGCGGAACUGCUGGCCAGACUCGGACUCGAAGCGGACGUGGCAAAAACGUCGACAAAAGCCAGCGCGACGUCUGGAACCCGGGAGAGAAUGGAAGCGGACGAGGUAGCUGGGGCAGGGAAGCAGAGAGAGAAUCCGAGGAUGGUGCGAUCACCAUGGCUUGAAUCUGCAACAAGACCAAGGCUGUCUCACGCGCUGACAGAUGCGCGCGCUGCUCGGGUUCAUCACAUUGGGGUAGCUUAUCUACCAACUGCUAGGGUAUGGCAAGAGGUGUUUGCCCAGGAAGCAGAAGCUGCGGACAAGACGAUCAGGUGGGCGGGGCAAGACGAUAGCGGGAGAGUCUUGGAGAAGGUAUUCGUAUUGUGGAGAGGAAAGGAUGGAGUGAGUGCCACGUUUGCCUGGGCCAAGUGGUUGCUCGAUCAUGGGAAGGGUAAAGCAAGCAAAGAUGUGGUGAUGGGAGCGCGAAGCUGGCUGCCUCCGGAGGAUGCAAGGGAGGUGGAGCGGCGAUGGAAGAAAAAUAUGGACGAUGCCGCGGCAGAAUCUGACGCGUGA